AUGCGACGCGGGGGAUCCACAAUCCUAGGAAGGACCGCACGCCGGUGCCGCGGGCGGCUCGCGCUCCUCGCGCUCCUCACAACGACGGCCGCGACGCCGGUCGACUACGCGGCGGACCACGUCGUGUUCGCGCACCUGAGGACGGGCGAGGGGAACCGCGCCUUCCGCGACGCGUUCCGCGAGACGACGGCCGCCGAUGCGGUCCCCGGCUUCGGCUACGCGUUUUUCGCGGACCAGACGGGUUGCUGCCAGGCGACGGCGCGCUUCGAGGCCUGGGCUGGAGUCCUAGGUGGGGGGUAUGGUUCGCGGCGCUUCUUCUCGAGUCUGCUCUCCCAGGCGCCUUUGCACUGGUGGAAGCGAUGA